UUUUUAUUAAAAUAAAGUUCGUUGUUUAUUUUUAUUUUUAUUAAAAAACAAGUUCGGCCCUAAUUAGAUUGAAGCAUUCGGUCUCCUCUAUUCUCGAAAUUCUAAUCUCCAUAAUUUCUGUAACCUGAUUUGAUUGAAGAGAGAAAAAAGAAUCGCCAUGGAUGCAGCAGUAAGAAGAUCUGGCGGAGGACUAUGGGAAGGCCUUUACCGUGUUGUUAUGCGCCGCAACUCCAUCUAUGUCACCUUCGUCAUCGCCGGCGCUUUCGUCGGUGAGCGGGUAGUGGAUUAUGGAGUUCAUAGACUGUGGGAGUACAACAACCAAGGGAAACGAUACGAAGACAUCCCUGUGCUUGGACAAAGACAAUCAGAAGAAUAACUCCUGUUUUCAUUCUCUGAGGGGUUAAAUCAUGCGGAAGUUUGUUGCAUUUUGAAUUUAGAAUGGGAUAUUGAAGCCAGUUGGGCAUAUUGAUUUUUGUAAUAACGAAUGCUGUUUCGUUUUUGUAUUUGACAAUCUGAAGCUUGUUAACGGCUCAGAUCGCAAUCUUACAUAAUCGGAAACUCGGAAUAUUUCCUUGCUGUUGCAUUCAAUCAUUUUCGAUGUACUGCUAGACCAAAAUCUGUGUUCAAUGUAUGAUUGAUCUGUUCGAGCUUGC